AUGUUCAAGCAGGUAGACGGACAAGCAGACUUACGCGCGAUAGACGUGAGUGUGAGGAACUCGUUCAAGUGGUCAUGGCUCAAAGAAAAGGACAUGAACGGAGAUUUUUCGUCUGACUCUAUUCGGAAGGUCGACAAACCAGGGCUUGCUAUCUGCAUUUGGUGCAACGAUACCCUUAGGUACGGAUCAUCAGGGAAGAAGGAUUUAAAAACCCACUCAAAGAAAGUGAAGCACGAUGCUGUGAGGAAAUCCAUGCAAACAAACCAGUCCCUUCCUGCAGUGUUCAGUGCAACCAAAGCCCUGAAUGAAGGAACAACUUCCAAGGCUUCAUCCAGUCUGCCAUACGGAGCUGCACCUAAUAUACUUGACAGUAGCAGCUGCCCUGAGCUGGUUCAGCCACCACGUCCCUACGUCAGUAUGGUGGACAGAAAAGCUCACUUAGAAGCGAUGACACUGUCAUUCAUCGCAGAACACUCACUGCCACUGAGUUUAACACCUCGACUCACCAAUUUUGCACAGGAGUUUGGUAGAGAUAGCAAACGAAUACAAAUGGAGAGGACCACAGCUUCAUAUAAGCUCAGACAGUAGAGGAAAAGGAAAUGAGCCGAGUGUGACUGCAGUGGAUCUUCAAAGAGAAAUGCAAAAAACUCAAAACAUGUUUAAAUCACAGAACUGAAAUAAGCGAUUUAUUAUUGAGGUAUUACUCUCCAUUAUUAUCAGAGUAAGAAAUAAAAAGUGGAAAAUCUACUUUCAA